GUAAUCGACAAGAACGGGGCAACGAUAUCUAAACUCGCGCCAAACCGGGGAUUAUGGCAGAUAUGUUUAAAUCAAUAUGGGCGGCGUGAGCUGAAACGGACUUUCGUCGUCGACAACGAUUGUGGGACGACUUGGGAGUUGCAAUGUAUAGACAGAAGUUACAGCAGGGGAACAGAACAUCGGACAGGGUGCAAUCUUCUCCCGGUAACCUUAGAGAUCGGUCAGUGCUUACAAACAGAAACAAGAGCAAAGAUACCGAAUGGGAACUGCUGAGUGCCUGGGACAUCGGUGACGAUUCCGAUGAGAUUGGGGGAUUAGGUAUUGUCUCAUGGAACAAACGCAGCGCCAAACCCAAGCCAGAAACCAAUCACGCGCAUUCACAAAAUGCAUGGCAACAGUAUCUAUGCACAACAGGAACAAAAUGUACCUAUAUCGAAGACGUGAAAGAGUUUGUGGAGUCGAGUCUUGAUCCUCGCUUGAAACCACGCGCGCGCUCAGCGCCGGAGCGACCGAGCGUGUCGGAGAUUGUAUCUGAAAUAAAAGAGGAUAAAAAAGACAUUACAAAAAGUAAGCAUUUAAAUGGAAUUUAUUCAAGUACUAAAACUUUUGAUCAAAAACGGACACUUAUGCAUAGGGCGUCCGCCGGUAGCUAUGGUAGCCAUCGAACUGCAGGACAUCAUGGCGGAUCUUCCGAGUCCGCUCGACACAGAAGCAGUUCGUCGGGGGAUAUUUCGAAUAGUAGAACUGCGAAAAGUGCGAUCAAUAUGUCGCGGCUUAUUAUUAGUAUCGGGGAGCGUAAGCACGACUUGGCGAUUAAAAACGGAAAAUCUACAGAAAAACAAAAUGGUAUUAAUAACAAAACGUUCUCUGAUAAGAAAACGCCCACUUUUUCAAGAUCCACCGAAACUUCAGGCGCCGCAACUCCGAACGAGAGCCCACCGACACCAAUCCCAGCGCCACGAACGGAAAACGACCAAUCUCCGAAUGCGGUGAAAUUUUCGUACACCAAAUCGAAAACGCCUGGUAGUACGACAACUCUGCUUUCCGAUAACACUGACUCUAGUUCCGGGAGAGAUUCCGCCACCAAUGGCGAUGAAAGGAAUUUACACUCGUCGCCCUCUAAGAGGGCGCACUUUAUUUACCAACCAGAAAGUACAGCCUCUUAUUAUCCACGUGCAAACAUUGACCACAAGCUACAAAAACAUACAAGUAAAUGCAACGUAUUCGACUCGCAGACAGUGAGUGUGUCAGAUAUAUUAAACAGUACGCCGAGAUUGGAGAGACAUAUCACUUUAACAGAAAACGAUAGCCCUCAGGGGGCUAAAAAUAAUAACAGAUUCAAGGUGAAAACGCCCUCAAAGGACUCGCAUAGAACAGACAAAACCGAAGGUUCGUCUUUUCCGCCUGUUUACAGCAGGCCGACAACAGAAACAUCGACUCAGAGUUUACAAUUAACACACAACGGAACGUCGGCAAAAACGUUACCAAGAGUCUCAUCGACUUCGAAGUUAGUUGGUGACGCUGAGAACGGUUCGGAAAUAGGGUACUGUGAAAAUGGCCAAAUAGAAGAGGGUUAUAUUGACCCGGAGAGUGAACUCGGUAUGGUAAUGUUACGAGAGGGCGUUGACCUCAGUCGGUUUACUGAAAAGCUAUAG